UUUUUGAAGAUAAAAAAGGUAAGUUUUAUUUUUGUCAGGAUUUUAACUUAUGCUCCUCUCUUGUCAUUUCCCCAAGAUCGAGAUGUUAAAAUCAGUUCUUUCUUGUGCAGGAUUGCAGCUCCCUCUUCACCGGGCUUCCUGCUGCUCCUGAGUCUCACAUCGGCGGCUCGUUUGGUUCCUCAGCAUCGACCAUCUACAAGCCGGUCAACCCAAGCAAGUAACGCCCAACCAGGCCACCGCUCGGCCGUCGCGUCCACCCCUCCGCUCCUCCCAGUCGAGCACCUCGCAUGCACCGCGAUGCCGCCCGCCAAGGCCUGCCGCCGCCGGCGAAGGCGCGGACCCAGGCGCAGCCCCCGCUCCCCAGCACAGCUUGUGGAAGACACCGUCGGCGAGAUCCUACUCCGCCUCCCGCCCAACGACCCCGCGAGCCUCGUACGCGCCUCUGCCGUCAGCAAGACCUGGCGCCGCGCCCUCGCCGACCCCACCUUCCCUGCCCGCUACCGCGCGUUCCACCGGACGCCUCCCGUGCUCGGCGUCUUCUGGGGGGACGCGGUCUUGGUCCCCACCACGUCGUUCCGCCCGCCCGCCGCCGACCACAGCGAUUGCAACGAGCUUGACUGCCGCCACGGCCGCGUGCUCCUCGAGAACCUCGACUGCGGGGGCCUCUUCGUCUGGGACCCUAUCACCGGCGACCUGCGCCGCCUCCCGGAGGUGCCCGACAUCUUCUCGCUCGUCUGCAAUGGCGCGGUGCUCUGCGCCGCGGGCGCCCGCUGCGACCACCUCGCCUGCCACGGGGGUGCCUUCCUCGUGGCCUUAGUGGGCGCCUCCAUCGAAGGGGAAAUGCACGCCUGCCUCUACUCGUCGGAGACCGGUGCGUGGAGCGCACCGACCUCCGCCCUGCUCGAUUACAUUUACAUCCCGCCGGAUUACACUGCCACCACCUCCUGCAUCACCGUCGACAAUGUGCCCGCCGCGCUCGUGGGGGACGCACUCUACUUCAUCGGUGACUUCGGCAAUGAGAUCCUGCGGUACGACCUGGUCGGGGAAAACCAAAACCUCGCCGUGGUCGACCCGCCGGACGUGGAGACUUGCUACGACGGCGUCGUCGUCAUGCCGGAGGAGAACGGCAGGCUGGGAUUCGCCUUCGUGAAGGCCAACAGCCUCCAUCUGUGGUUGAUGGAGACAGGCCCUGAUGGAUACGGCCGAUGGGAAAAACGCAGGGUCAUCAAUCUGGAGACGCUGUUCCCAGUUUUCAACCUGUCACCAUAUUUGAGUGGUUUUGUGGAUGCAAUCAAUUGCAUUGUCGUGACAACAGAUGAUGCCGUUUUCACCAUUGAGCUCAAGUCACUACAGACAAGGAAGGUGUGCAAGACGGAGAAGCCCUACUGUUCCUGUCUCUAUGCUAGUUUCUACAUUCCAGCAUGUGCUGGUGGAUAACUUCCAGCACCAUUGGCGAAUGGAGACUGAGUGAACUUCUCUGAGCCAUUUGAGGACAUAACCAGGCAAAUGGAAUGUAAAUCCAUCACUGUGCAGUGCUGAUGCUGUCCAGUGUUUUGUUUCCUACUGAGCAUUUGAGCAAAUCUAUCAUCUGCAGAGCUGAGGCUUUCUAGUUUCCAGUACUUUGAUACCUCUUGAGAAAGUUUCAGAGAAGAAUAGUAUCAGUUAUCUUGGUCGACUAGCAUUCUUCAAAUCAAAUUUUCUGUUUGUAUGAAUCAAAGACUAUGUUUCAGUUUAUUGCAGUCGUGAGUCUUUUUUCA